AUGAGCGACGAUUAUCAAUCGAAAAAGGAUAUACCUAGUGCAUCUAACAUUGACAACGAUCUUAAUUCACAACCUUCUGCCCUACCUCAAGUUGUUGAACCUAAGCAACUCCACUCCACUUAUAUUGAAAGAGAUCCCGGGUUAUGUAUUCAAAUACAUGAAUACCCGGUGAAUCAAAGGGAUGAGGUUAGACGAACUUAUAUCAAUUUGGGGCCUUAUCAACCUAAACUUUCCAAUUAUCCUAACUCUCGGGAUGGAAGGCAGAAUCGGCGAUUUAAGUAUGAAUGGUUCCAACAAUUUCCUUGGCUAGAAUUUUCUCCUUCAAAAGAUAAAGCAUAUUGUUUUUCAUGCUUUCUUUUUGAAGAGAGAAAUAUAACGGGGUGUCGUUCUUCACUUAUUGAUGAUAUAUAUAAGAAUUGGAAGAAAGUUGGUGAUGGAGAUAAUUGUGUAUUCUUGAAACAUAUGGGACUUCAAUCUUCAGCACAUAGAAAAUGUGCCAUGCUUUAUGAAAAUUUAAAUAAUUCGGCACAACAUAUUGAUAAAGUGUUGAAUGCCCAAUCAAGAGAAGAUGUUUUGAAGAAUCGAAUGCGGCUUAAGGCAACUAUUGAAACCGUUCGCUUCCUAGCAUUGCAAGGAAUUGGUUUUAGAGGCCAUGUUGAAAGUUCAAGUUCAUUAAAUAGAGGGAAUUUUAUUGAAGCGUUGAAGUAUAAAGCAAAAGGAAAUGAUGAAAUCUCAAGUGUUAUCUUGGACAAUGUUCCACAAAAUGCCCAAUACAUUGCUCCAUCGAUUCAAAAAGAGAUUCUUCAUAUUCUUGCAAAUAGAGUGAGAAAAAUGAUUUGUGAUGAAGUUGCGGGAGGAGUUGAAAACACAUCAGCAGUGACGCUUAAGGAUGCAAUAUCUGGUAUUCUUGCUCGGUUCGAUCUUUCAAUUCAAAAUUUGAGAGCUCAAGGGUACGAUGGUGCGACACUAGUUGCAGCAGCAAAAGAUGAGCCAAAGGUUUGGCUAUUCUUCUCUCACUUGACUUGUAUUGUCAAUCUUGUUACUUCCUCUCCCAAGCGUGUUGGUGAAUUAAAAUCUUUUCAAAGGGAUGAGAUUGCAAGUCUGUUGAGCACAGGUGAAUGUCAAUCUUGUAAAGGGGCUAAUCAGAUUGGCACCUUGCAUCGAGCUGGAGCUACUCGUUGGAGUUCACAUUAUGAUUCUGUUAGGAACUUGAUUGAUAUGUAUGCUGCAUCCUGCACAGUUGUUGAAAGUCUUAGAAAGGAUGGGCAAAAUCAACAGAUACGUGGGUAA